AUGGCUUUCACGGUGUUGUCGGACCAGAAUGUGAAGCAGCUCUUCCAGGGCUUCGGCCCGGAAGAUGUGGCUCUCAUGUCCGACGUCCUCACCGAUGCAUUCUUAUCAUACUCGGUCGGGCAGGAAGCACAAUACCAGCCCCAUCGUGCCGCUGUAGUCCGACCCAACGGCCAAACCGGCCUCUUCAUGCCGGCAACGAUGGAAGACGGCAUGUCCGUCAAGAUAGUUGGCCUCCCACCUCCAUCUUCUGGAUCGACCGAUCUCCGCUGCGUUCUCACCGUCUGCGACGGAACCGGCAAGGCGGUCGGCAUCAUCAACGCAGAGGAGCUCACGGCCUUCCGGACCUCUCUUGGCUCCAUCUUGUUAUAUCAGUACCGGAAACGAACGGGGAAUAUUGUCGUCUUCGGCGCGGGGAAGCAGGCUCUAUGGCAUCUUCGGCUUGCUCUCGUCCUUCGAGGGAGUGACAUCACAAACAUCACCAUUGUCAAUCGCUCACAAGAGCGCGCUAUGAAGCUCAUGGUGCGGCUGAGGACCAUGGGCCAGGCCAGCGGGGUGGGAAGCACCGAUAUGGUCUCAUUCACCGUCAUCGAGGCGACCCCUGAUAAUGCCCCUGACAACGAUCUCCUCCGCCACGUUGUGGAAGAGAGCGAUGUCAUCUUUUGUACGACGCCAUCUACGCAACGCCUGUUCCCUGCCGAAUGGUUAACUUCCGAGCGCGGUUCGGCCAAGAGUCGAUAUAUCUCUGCCAUUGGGUCGUACAAGCUUAACAUGAAGGAGAUCGACCCUGACUUCCUUCGCGCUGUCAUAGACACCCCUCUUGGGACAUUUGGCUCUGCACGUGGAGGCAAAAAGGACGGCGUCGUCUUCGUGGACAGCCGUGAGGCGUGCUUCUUGGAGGCCGGAGAACUGGUGGACGCCAAAAUCCCUGCUGAGAAGAUCAUUGAGGUCGGAGAAUUCACCGACAGUCUUCGUAAGGCGAAUGAAGCUGAGGCAGAGCUGCUGCGCGACUGGCUUGAAAAUGGCUUGAUUGUGUACAAGAGCGUUGGGAUCGGCAUUAUGGACCUCUCCUUGGGCAAGGUCAUCCUUGAAUUAGCUGGAAAGCAUAAGAUCGGCACAACACUUCCAGAUUUCUGA